UGGCAUCAUAUUUGGGUUAACAAGAAUUAAACGAGUCAGUAGCUUCUUUCCUUGCAGGGAUUCGGGAAAUGUCAUGGAUGCUGUUGAAUUUAUCCUACAAAAUUUCAUGGAAAUGAAUAAGCUUUGGGUUCGAUUGCAACAUCAGGUGUUAUGGUGCUACUGAAUCAUGCUUAAUCUUUGGCGAUCCUGAGCUUAGGCCUUCAAUUGGGCUUUCUGGUCUGCAGGGACCUGGUCGGAUAAGAGACAAGAGGGAGAAAGAAAGAAAUGAGCUUCGUGAUCUUGUUGGAAAGAAUCUUCACAUUCUCAGUCAGAUAGAGGGUGUGGACCUUGAAAUGUACAAAGACACUGUCCUUCCGAGUGUCUUAGAGCAGGUCUAAUAAAGUUGUCAAUUGUAAAGAUGAGCUUGCCCAAUUUUACCUCAUGGAGUGCAUAAUCCAAGUUUUCCCAGAUGAGUACCACUUGCAGACUCUUGAGACACUUCUUGGUGCUUACCCCCAACUGCAGUCAACGGUAGACAUCAAGACCAUACUAUCUCAGUUAAUGGACAGGUUAUCAAAUUAUGCUGCUUCAAAUGCUGAAGUGCUGCCCGAAUUUCUGCAAGUGGAAGCUUUUACCAAACUAAGCACAGCAAUAGGCAGGGUGAUAGAAGCACAGGCUGACAUACCUAUUGUCGGAGCAAUAUCUUUGCAUGUCUCUCUUCUGACAUUCACUCUCCGUGUUCAUCCUGAUCGGCUUGAUUAUGUGGACCAAGUGCUGGGAUCAUGUGUCAAGAAGCUUUCUGGAAAACCAAAGCUUGAUAAUAGAGCAACAAAGCAAGUUGUUGCACUUUUAAGUGCUCCACUGGAUAAAUACAAUGAUAUUGUGACAGCCCUUAGACUUUCUAAUUAUCCACGUGUAAUGGAUCAUCUUGAUAACCAAACAAAUAAAGUGAUGGCUAUGCUUAUUAUCCAAAGUAUUAUGAAGAAUAACACUCUCAUAUCUACUGCUGAUAAGGUUGAAGUUUUAUUUGAAUUAAUAAAAGGGCUUAUUACAGAUUUGGAUGCCACAACUGUGGAUGAGGUUGAUGAAGAAGAUUUCAGCGAAGAACAAAAUUCUGUUGCUCGGCUCAUACACAUGCUUCAUAACAAUGAUCCAGAGGAAAUGUUUAAGAUAAUAUGUAGUGUAAAGAAGCACAUUAUGAGAGGAGGACCAAGACGUUUACCUUUCACAGUUCCUUCCCUUAUUUUUUCUGCACUUAGGUUGGUCAGGCAAUUACAAGGACAAGAUGGAGAUGUUGUGGGUGAAGAAGUUCCAACGACACCAAAAAAGAUAUUUCAGCUUUUAAAUGAGAUCAUUGAAGCCCUUUCUUCUGUAUCAUCUCCCGAACUGGCCUUGAGAUUGUACCUGCAAUGUGCUGAGGCUGCUAAUGACUGUGACCUUGAGCCUGUUGCAUAUGAGUUUUUCACCGAAGCAUUUGUGUUAUAUGAAGAAGAAAUUGCGGACUCUAAAGCCCAGGUAACUGCAAUACAUCUUAUUAUUGGGACACUUCAAAGGAUGAACGUCUUUGGAGUCGAGAACAGGGAUACGUUAACUCAUAAGGCCACAGGGUAUUCGGCAAAGCUUUUGAAGAAACCUGAUCAGUGCCGAGCAGUUUAUGCGUGCUCACAUCUCUUCUGGGUCGAUGAUCAAGAUGGUAUUAAAGAUGGAGAGAGGGUAUUGCUUUGCCUUAAGCGUGCAUUGAGGAUCGCAAAUGCUGCGCAGCAAAUGGCCAAUGUAGCAAGGGGUAGCAGUGGUCCAGUGACGCUAUUUGUUGAAAUACUAAACAAGUACAUAUACUAUUUUGAGAAAGGAAACCCACAAAUCACAAGUGCAACGAUUCAGGGGCUGAUAGAAUUAAUCACAACCGAGAUACAAGGUGAUUCUACAUCUGCUCUUCCAACUUCGGAUCCCUUCUUUACAAGCACAUUGCGGUACAUACAAUUCCAAAAGCAGAAAGGUGGUAUACUGGGUGAGAAAUAUGAAUCUAUCAAGGUCUGAAUCCCUUGGUUUUUCAAGAUGCACAUAUUGUGUAAGUAAUGCCAACAAACCAAGCAUGUAGCCUUAACAGUGUUUCAUCAUUAAAUUUGUUCGCAGUGGUGUAGUGAUGGCCAUUUGUUUCAUCACUUGUGCAUUAAAUUUGUUCGCAGUAGUGUCGUCAUUGCCAUUCUAAAGCAAAAUUGGCAUUUGCAGUUUAAUGUCCGCUAAAGCCAUAUGAUCCAAAAAGUUUCCAGUUAUGAGGGUUAUCCGUUC